AUGGGAACAACUGAAUCAUCUGGCUCACAAAUUAGUAAACUAUGGUCGUUGUGGGGUGACUUUAAUGUUAUGCUUAAUACUAAGGACUGGAAGAAUGGCUCAUCAGUAACUAGGGGAGAAGUGAAAGAUUUUGCAGAAUGUGUGCAAGACCUAAUGUUGAAUGAGUUGAAUUGGAGAGGAGACUACUACACAUGGUCUAACAAACAACAAGGAGGGGAUAGAGUGUAUAGUAGAUUUGAUAGAGCUUUAAGGAAUGAUGACUGGAUGAUGCAAUUUGGCCAUUUGGUUCUGGAUUAUCAGCUCCCUUUUAUCUCGGAUCACUCUCCUAUGCUAUUGUCAAUGAGGAGUAAUACAUUACGAGUUAUAACACCUUUUAGGUUCUCUAACAUCUGGGCACAACACGAUCAAUUUUUACCACUAGUUGAAGCUAGCUGGACAGAUCAAACGAGUAAGAAUAAAAUGAACAAUGUUUGGUUGAAGAACCUGAGACAUGUCUUGAAGCAGUUGAACACUACUGAAUUCGGGGUCUCAGAAAGAAUAGCUCUCAUCAGAAGUGAGCUUCAAGAUGUUCAAAGUGCACUAGUUGAUCAUUACUCAGAUGCACUUGCUGAUGCUGAAAAACAAUUGGUGCAACAACUUGAGAAAUGGUCAUUAAUUGAGGAGAGAAUUUUCCAGCAAAAGUCUAGAGCUAUGUGGAUCGGAUUGGGAGAUUUUAAUACUAAAUACUUCUAG